AUCAGCUUCGCCCCGGCCGGCCGGUCUGUCGCAAGCACCGGCUUGCGGAUCCCGGGGAACCGGAGCGGGGCACGGGGCUAGCCUCUGGAUCCGGAGCUGGGUGGUGGUGGUGCUCUUGCAGCCGUGGCGCAGUCUGAGCACAAUCUAACCAUGGAAGCUGACAAGGUUGCAGAAUCCACCAACUGCCUUGCUAAUGAGAGUACCCAACAUAGCACCAGCACCCGGUCUGCUUCUGUGGAUAUGGACAUCUCGAUUGAUUCUUCGCAGCCCAGCGCAGAGAGGGCUCCGACUUCCACUGCUGACGAGGGGAGUGGUCUCAAGCCUCCCGCUACUAAUGAACAAGUCACGGUAAAGCUGAACACGGAUGGAGGCAAUGAGGUGUGGAUUAAACCCAAAAACUUCAGUGAAGGCAAUGGUGAAAGGAGAGAGCUGGAGGCGUUUUAUAACGACUCUCCUUCAGGGGACGGGCACACCGGCCCUUCGCUGUACCGACUGAACGAUCCGUGUCGGGCGGACGAUGAGGGCGGGGCGAUAGAUUACAUGCUGCAGUCGGCGGAGCCUGCGCCCAGCAAAGGGGCAGCUGGCGCCAGAGAGGUCGCCGAGAACGACGGCGCCCCGGGUCCUCCCGAGAACCAAGCCGAGCGCGCGGACGUGGCGGUGGAGACGGACGCCCCGGAGUCGGCCCCGCAGACGGACAAGGUGGAUGCGGGAACGGAUUCGAUCCCGGAGAGGGUGGAUGAUAUGGCGGGGAAUGGUCCACAGCAAGCGUCUGACGGUGCGGGGGGUUGCGGAUCACUCCUGCCUCAGGGCAAAGAUGGGGGUGACGUCUGCAACGUCGGCACCGAGGAACCCCCUCUGGCCACAAACAUCACCCACAACAAGGUUGCCACACAAGACGAAGAGGUGGAAGGGAAAUCAAAGGAUGGAAAGGAUAGUGAAACUUGUAAACCUCAGUCUUCCAGUGCAGGGUCUUCAGUGAUUGAAGUGGAAAAAUCGUCUUUGUGCGAGACUGAUGCUGGAAAGGAAGAAGCUGAGAAAUCGGAGAUAGACAAGGAAACGAAGGAAAAAGUCCAGACGCCCUUGACUACGGAAAAUUGUUCAACAUCUAAGAAAACAAGUGGAAAGGAUAGUUCCACCAUGACGAAUAAUAUUAAACGUGAAGAGGACUAUGUUUCCCGCCGGCCAAGGCGUACCACCAGGUUGUCCUUCCAGGCAGCUCAGGCCCAGGCCCAGGCCCAAGCCGAGGCUCAGACUCCGGCAACUCGCCCUCAGAGGUCCUCGCGGUCCCUGGCAAAGGUGACGUGCGCCAACUGCAAAAAGCCCCUGCAGAAGGGCCAGACGGCGUACCAGAGAAAAGGAGCUCCGCAACUCUUCUGCUCCUCCUCUUGCCUCACCACCUACUCCCAGAGACCGUCGUCCAUCAAGAUCUGCACGUUCUGCAACAAAGAUAUUUUGAACACAAAGGAAUUGGUGGUGGCGCAGGCUGGGGCAAGCCAGGCUUUCCAGGAGUUCUGCAACGCUACCUGCCUGUCACUUUACGAGGCCAAGCUUCUUAAACCAUCUGACGAUGUGAGAUGCAGCAUCUGCAAUAAAAAAGGAAAGAUUCUACAUGAGGUCAGCAAUGGGAACGUGGUCCAUCGGUUGUGCAGCAACGCGUGCUUCAGCAAGUACAGAGCAAGUAACGGCCUGAAAACCAAUUGCUGCGAUAACUGUGGGGUCUAUUUUUUUAACCGAGGAUUUAUGCUUCAAUAUUUGUAUCACGAAGGGCAACAGCGGAGGUUCUGCAACACAGGCUGCUUGAACAUGUUUAAAAAGAAAAACACUAAAGUGCUUCCUUGUGCUUGGUGCAACACUUUGGGUAAGAAUUUCGACAUGAUAGCAAACGUGGACACCAGCGGGAAGAUGGACUUCUUUUGUUCUUUGUGUUGCAUCACUUCGUACAAAGUGAAACAGUCUGGAACAAUAGGACCCAAGACCAAAUGUAAAUUUUGCAAAAAAAAUCUAUCGGAUUCGCUUUAUUAUAACAUGACUGAUCGAGUUGUGCAUCAGUUUUGCAGCCCAAACUGUUGGACUAAUUUUCAGCAAUCGAGUCCUGAAGGCAGCAUCCAACUUAAUUGUACCUAUUGCCACAAUAUUUUUAGUGGCAAACCAGAAAUCUUGGAUUGGCAGGGGAGCGUUCGACAAUUUUGUUGCAAAGUAUGCUGUGAAGACUACAAAAGACUACAUGGUGUUGUUUCAGUCUGUGAAUAUUGCAAACAAGAGAAGAUCCUGCACGAGAAGAUUAAGUUUUCAGGAGUAGAAAAGAAUUUCUGUAGUGAAGGUUGUGUCCUUCUUUAUAAGCAGGAUUUCACCAAGAAGCUGGGCUUGUGCUGCAUCACUUGUGCAUACUGCUCCCAGACAUGUCGGAGGGGAGUGACCAAAGAGCUGGAUGGAAAUACAUGGGAUUUCUGUGGGGAGGAAUGUAAAAGCAAAUACCUACUGUGGUACUUCAAGGUAGCCAGAUGCCAUGCCUGCAAGCGUCAAGGCAAGCUUCUGGAAACGGUUCACUGGCGCGGGGAAAUUAAACACUUCUGCAACCAGCAUUGCCUCUUGCGCUUCUACAGUCAGCAAAACCAGCCCAAUCUAGCGACGCAGAAGGGACCCGAAAGUCUGCUCAACAAUGAGACGCAGGAGUCUAAGAAUGCGACGUCUCCGACCCCCUCUCCGACUCCCUCUCCCACGAAAUUUGAAGAGAUCUCUGGCAACUUGCCCAGUGGUCAUUCUCGGGCAAGCUUGGGCAGUGAAGGUGAUGGAGAGAGCACAGUUCAACCUGACUCUGCCGUCUCCUCGAUGACCAAACAGGCAUCUGUACAGACUCGGUCAUCAAAGCAGCCACCGCCGCCGCCACCACCACCACCACCUCCACCACCGCCACCUUCUUCACCACCCUCUCCACCUCCUGUAACACUGAAGAAUAAGGCAAUACUGUGCAAACCCUUGACUCAGAACAAGGGCAUCUCCUAUAAACCCGAAAUGAAGUCCAAAGGAUGUCAAACAGAAGAGGAGUGGAAGCCACACUUGGUUAUGGUGCCCAUCCCUGUGCCAGUCUUCAUCCCAGUGCCUAUGCAUAUGUAUUGUCAAAAUACCCCAGUGCCUUUCUCAAUGCCAAUCCCGGUCCCCAUUCCGAUGUUCCUUCCCACCACUUUAGACAGUGCUGAUAAGAUAGUCGAGACGAUCGAAGAGCUGAAAGUUAAAAUCCCUUCAAACCCAUUUGAGGCUGACAUACUGGCCAUGGCUGAGAUGAUCGCAGAAGCUGAGGAAAUGGAGAAAGCGUCAUCGGACCUCUGUGAUCUUGCCAGUAAUCAGAGUGCUGACGGCCUCCUCGAAGACUGUGACUUGUUUGGACCCGCCAGAGAUGAUGUGUUGGCCAUGGCAGUUAAAAUGGCCAAUGUCCUGGAUGAACCUGGACAGGAUUUGGAAGCAGACUUUCCCAAAACCCCACUGGAACUUAAUACGGGUGUUGACUUCCUCUUUGACUGCGGGCUUGUAACUACAGAUGAGGAUCAACCGGAAUCUGAAAUACCACGGGCUGUCAGAAGGGGUCAGAAGCGGCUAAUGCUUUCCGAAAGCUGUUCACACGAUUCUCUUGCGAGCCAGCAAUGUUGUACCGGAUUAAAUUACUCUUACGGGGUGAAUGCUUGGAAGUCCUGGGUCCAGGCUAAAUAUGCCGGUGGUGACAGCAGUAAAAGUGGAGAGCUGAAGUUUGGACCUAAACCCAUGAGGAUUAAAGAAGAAAUUUUAUCCUGCAGUGCUGCGGAACUAAACUAUGGCCUAGCUCAAUUUGUCAAAGAAGUACAGAGGCCGAACGGAGAGCGUUAUGAGCCAGACAGCGUCUACUACUUGUGUCUUGGGAUUCAGCAGUUUUUGCUGGAAAAUAACCGAAUGGUGAACAUAUUCACUGAUCUCUACUACCUUACCUUUGUCCAAGAAUUGAAUAAAAUGUUACAAGGCUGGCAGCCAAGUUUACUACCAAAUGGUUUAAUAUUCUCCCGGGUGGAAGAAGAGCAUCUCUGGGAAUGUAAGCAAUUGGGGGUGUACUCUCCCUUUGUUCUCCUGAACACGCUGAUGUUCUUCAACACCAAGUACUUUGGGCUGAGGUGUGUGGACGAACACAUGAGCCUGUCCUUCACCACUGUCGUCCGGCAGUCCAGGAAAUGCACCACGCCAAGGGGGACCACCAAGGUGGUCAGCAUUCGCUACUUCAUGCCAGAGCAUUUCAAGAAAGGACGAGAUCAGGGCAGCACUGCAGGGAAGAGGAAACGAGAAGAGGAAGUUGCCGUUUUUGAGCAGAGGGAAAACCGAAUGAAUCCGUUAAGAUGCCCUGUGAAAUUUUAUGAGUUCUACCUCUCGAAAUGCCCUGAGAGUAUGAAGAGCAGGAACGACGUGUUCUACUUGCAGCCAGAGCGCUCGUGCGUGGCGGAGAGCCCCCUGUGGUACUCGGUCAUCCCCAUGGACCGCAGCAUGUUGGAGAGCAUGCUCAACCGCAUCAUGGCCGUGAAAGAGAUCUACGAUGACUACACCAAGGACUCGCUAGAGGACGACGAAGUGGAAGGAUGAUGCGUGUGGUGGAUGUUGUACAAAGUGCUGUUAAACUUUUUAUCUUAGAGAAAAGGAAACAAUGGGCCAUUAUAGGCUGGCCUAGUUGGUGCUGCGGAAAAAUAAUUACCACACACACACACACACACGUACUUUCAGAGUCAUGUGGCCUGUUUGUGACAGCAGAGAUGGUUAGACUAUCACCAUUGUUCAGAGACAGUAUCCCUUUUAGCUUGAGUCCACUUGCUGGCAGUCGGGGUGUGCGUAACAUUCUCUAGAGACCCGGGGAAAAAAAAGAAAUGUUCUUGCAGUCAUUCAGCAAGCAGUUUUGUACUUGCACUUAAAUUGGGAAAUCGAUGACAGUUUGCAGUGUACAUGCUGAUGUAGGUGGGUGAGACCUUCAUUUAACUCGGUUCUUGGGACUUUAGAAAAAGGCUUAAACAAAAACAAAAACUUGUCCGGCAAACUGGGAUCUUGGUCGCUGCCUUCUAGAACAUUCCACUGGCUGCCAUUUUGUUUGGGGGGAAAAGAGGAAUGGCGUAGAGCAGGGGUCCGCAACUUUGUUUUGUCCUUUUUUGCAACUUUUAAUAGCACAUCACAAUGUUUUUUUCACUUAUUUAUGAACAACUAAUGAAGAACAGAUACCAGAACCAAACACUCCGUCAAUGAGAAGAAAUCUGUACAAAUCCAGAAUCAACUAAUUUUACCCCUCCCCCCCCCGGGGAUAAAUGUACCCCAGGUUGGGAACCCUUGGUGUAGAGGAAGUAUAGGGCAAUGUUUAGUCUGAGCUGUGCAUGUUGCUAGCAUCCAUUUCCAGACGCGUGUCACACUAGCCCCCACCAGGAGCACACACCCACCCAAAUAUCUUUCACAUUCAGCUUUUACGCUUUUACAUUAAAGGUUUUAUUUUCGUUUUGCCGUCCCUGGGAAAAGACGGGGCGGAGGAAUUGUUCUUUCUGGAGUGGACGUGGAGUAUUUUUUCCGUUAUUUUUUUUAAGCAUCUUUUUAUUUUGUAAGUGAUUAGCCACUGCCUGUAUGGAGGCUGGAGAUUCUCCUGAGGCCAUUUUGUGCAACAGUCUGCUGGGCCUCAACUCAAUUUACGUAAUUAAACUUCCAGCCAAUAUUUUCUGAGGAAAUCUCUGCCUUUAGAGCAAGAGAUGAAGCUGAGGAUAAUGAAUUGUCCUUUCGUUUAUUCCUUGCUGGAAUGUUUGCCGAUAUCCGAAUCUGUAGAAAUAUCCGAUUCCAUUUUGUGUAUUUUUAAUUAUAAACCAAAAAUAAAAUACUGUGAAUAUUUAUAGUUAAUACCAUAAAUACUGAUGCAGCAAAUUUUGCAGUGUGUUUGGGGGGGGGGGUGAAAAUAAGUUUUGUAUGAACAUUUUUGUUUCUGUUUCCUGCAACUUCUAACUACUGAUUUUUAUUUUUUUUUUGUUCUUCUUGAUUUCGAUUGAAAUAGUACUUCACCAUUCCCUUGUAUCACCCAUGAUGUGUCUUCAGUGAGAGACAUCAACCAGUGCAAUAAUACUUUCAACACCUGACCUACAACAGUCUGGCUAAAUCAACUCAUUUAAUAGUUGCAGAUUAGAAUAGGAAAUAGGAAAUAAUACAUGAAGAUAGACACAAAAUGCUGUAUUAACUCAGCGGGUCAGGCAGCAUGUGUAGGAAGGAACUGCAGAUUCUGGGUUUACACCGAAGAUAGACAAAAUGCUGGAGUAACUCAGCGGGACAGGCUGCAUUUUCAGAGAGAAGGAAUAUGUGACGCUUUGGGUCGAGACCCUUCUUCAAACUGCACCUCUGAAGAAAAAGAAUAGGUGACGUUUCGGGUCGUGGUUCCCAGAGAGUUCUCCAGAGAUGCUGCCUGACCCGUUGAGUCAUUCCAGCAUUUAGUGUCUUCGGUUUAAACCAGUGUGUGCAGUUCCUUCCCGCACGGGAAGUAAUAGCCUUUCCACUAACUGGGACAGCAACUUCCCCCCCCGAUAGUUAAUGGUUUGAUUUCAUUGAACAGUAAUCCAUGUGCUGCCAGGCCCAUUGACUGAACUGUUAAAGAAAUCCAGGAACCCAGGAGGAAAGGGGAUACUGUCUCUUGUGUAUUUUCUGUAUUAUAUAUUAAAAAAAAAGCUGUUCCAGUGAGCUAGACCAGUGUAAGCAAUGUUUUAAAAUGGUAAACAUCUGCACAGUAUUUAAAUUGGUGACCUGACGGUUUGCCAAGACAACAUGCAUUUAAAUUUCAUCUUUUAAAUAAAAGAAUAAAAAUGUCAAGCUGUUGAUGCAAACUGAAUGGAGCCGAUGCUGCGGGUUUGUAGACUGCUCCACCAUGAUCACUAAUUGUUAAAACUCCCAUGUAGAUGAAGGCAGCUGGGUUUCACCUGAUCAUUUCAGAAAUUGUAUUUUUUGGAUGUGACGUAAAACUUAGGGGGGAAAAAAGGUAUUUACAUGUCCACCGUGAAGCAUUUUUUAGGGUAUGUAGUGUAGGGACACUAUAAUGACCCUUUUUAUAUCUUAUGUUGAAUUGUAAUCUGUAAAGAGGUAUGUCUUCUCCACUUAACUUCCCGAUAAAAUGGGGUUGAUUGAAACGCCAGCCUCGACCCUCGUAUCACGGUGUCAAAGUACCAUCUCUGGCCCUUACGAAGCGAGUGGGGAAAGGUAGAGAAAAAAAAGCUGGUCCGAGUUUGUUGAAUGAUAACUGAUUGCGGAAAAUGCAAUUGUGCGUUUAUUGGGCUCUUGCUACUAACGGAUGUGUCGGUGAUGGCAUUGUAUUGGGAUUCGGUCUGGGCGUGCCACGCAGCACUCCCGCCAACUCGGUAACGGCCAUUGGCUGUCUAACUGUCUCCAGGAUUAUCCGCACUGGUAUGUCUCACUGUAUCAAUUGUUGACCAAAGUUGAAAAAUGUCAUUUUAUUGGAAAUGAAAAAAUUGUGGAAAAGUGGCUGAAAACAUAAAGACAAUUUGUGUUCUCCCAUUACAA